GGUACAGAGUGGCGGUACACGGGGCGCGAGAAAAGCGGUAGUGUGCCGUGGACCACCGCACUGGCAUACCGUGAUUCGUUACGAUCCCCAUCGUCCUCUGACUCGUACCGGACCUCACAGUCGUCAGCGAAGUCACAAUACGACAAGUGCUAGUGCAGUGCGGACUAACGGAGUCACUUUUGAUUCCAUGAUAGAUCGACCGGCAAAUCAAGAGAGGCCUUGACCUGAUCAAACGCAAAUUUUGUUAUUUAUUUUAAAGAGAGAAGGAAAGAGAGAACCGCCCGCGAGGGUGGUUGUCGCGUGCCGGCUGACCGAAUCGUCGUCGGGCGAGCACGCGGUAAAGGAACCCACAGGCAAUUUUAUAGCCCGUCUUAUUACCUAAGUUUAUUGCAUCGUAACGGUUUAACGAUCAUCGCCUGUUUCCAUAGUCGAGACCACCGGUUUAUGCUUUGCCCGUAGCGGUAACCAUAACAAGACCAUAAAAGCCCUUGCCGCUGGCAUGAAACCCAUUCUGAAUUACACUCUUACGACCUACUGACAUUGACACUCUGGGUGUAACCAAUUAUAUCUGCCGAUGACUUUUACAACCUUUUAAAAUUUAAUGUUCGUUUAUUUGUUUCUCGUCAAUUCUAUUACCUAUCGCCAUCCGUAUCAACAGCAUAUCGCUUUUUCAAGUACGUAUUUUAUCUUGGAACAUAAUACAAAAUCGAAAGUUUUAUUUCAGUUUUAUUCGAACAAGUUGAAACUGUAUAACUCCGCAUCCGGGCUGGAGUACGGACUAGUGAAAUUCGACUAGCCGUUUGCACUCCAUGUAAUUGCGGGCCGCUUAAACUCUGACUUCGCUUUUUUUUAAGUGUCGGUGUUUUAGUGCAAGUGAUCCAAAAUACCCGGGAUAAUGAACUCGUACUUUGAGCAGACCGCAGGUGGCUUCUACGGAAGCCACCAUCAUCAAGCAGGAGCGACAAGUCAGCACCAUGAUCCAGCCACCGCAGCAGCAUAUCGAAGCUUUCCACUCGGAUUAGGUAUGUCGCCGUAUGCUUCAGCGCAGCAUCAUCAUCACUCAACAUCCUCGUUAGGUAUACACCCAGGUGGUGGAAGUAAUACAAGACCACCUCAAGACUCGCCAUAUGAUGCGAGCGUUGCGACGGCCUGCAAGCUUUAUUCAACAACACCUGAGGCAACUGGUCACACUACAUCCUCAUAUUCGACAACGGCAACGAAAGACUGUAAGCAACAGGAUCAAACAUCGACCCAUCAAAACGGCUAUGCUGCGGUGAUGGCAGCGGCGGCGGUCAAGGACGUAUGGCAGUCAGCGACCUCGGGAGCAAAUAGUCAGAGUAAUUCGGUCGUACGUCCUUCCGCGUGUACCCCAGAGAGUACAAGGGUCAGCAGCUACGGUGGCCUAGUAGGCGGCGAUCCGGCAUCGAGUCCUGGUAACAACAGUUCGUCGAGAUCCCUCACGUCAUCUUGGAACACCUGCAGUUUAAACUCGUCCGCGAGUCAACCGGUCGCCACACAACUGCAUCAGCAACCUACUACCAAUCAUACCUUCUACCCCUGGAUGGCUAUAGCAGGGGCGAACGGAAUGCGCAGGCGUGGCCGACAGACCUACACGCGCUACCAGACUUUGGAACUGGAAAAGGAAUUCCACACAAACCACUAUCUCACCAGGCGGAGGCGGAUCGAGAUGGCACACGCGCUCUGCCUGACGGAACGGCAAAUCAAGAUCUGGUUCCAGAAUCGGCGAAUGAAGUUGAAGAAAGAGAUUCAAGCGAUCAAGGAGUUAAACGAGCAGGAGAAGCAAGCGCAAGCGCAAAAGGCAGCAGCGGCAGCGGCGGCGGUUGCGCAUCAACAACAAGGGGGCGGUGGGGGACCAGAAGGGGGCAACUAGGGGUACGCCCUGCAUCGGAGCCCCCCUGACCACCCCACCGCCAAUCCACACCACCCUCUACUAGCACCGCAAUGUACACAGCUGUAUUAAAGGUGAGUGGCAGGCUGCACCCGCUGUCUCUGCAAUGCCAAAUAGAUGGUCGAUGUGCGUAUCUGUCGAUCGUCAAUUUAUCGGUUGCGGCGAAUCGGAUGCUGCACCCGGUGAGUGACGAACCUUCCCCCACCAUGGCUACCUCCCGUAGCUCACUUUGACCGAUAUGCUCCCAGACCAAUCAGUAUCCAAGUACACAGUAUCAUCCAUAUAAGCCUAGCUCUGUUGUAGUCGUUCCCCUUUCUGGUCUCUCUACCUGUAGUUUCUGCUUUGGUGCAGUAGCAUGUAGAUAGGGGGUUGAAUUAUCGAGGGUGGCCAAUCAGCCAACGUCCGCGGAUCCGGGGCGUCGUUUGCAAAAAAAAUCGACCGAAAAGAGAGUCACAUUCUCCCGAUGUGCAUUGCGAUAGGUUGUAUCCAACUUAGAAACUCAAAUACGUAAUAAAAAGGCUACAACUAUAUAUAGGGUUAAAAUAUAAGACGUAAAAAAGGCAUCUAACUUUCUCGACGGGCGAAAUUGAGUCGAUGUUAAUGAUUAGUUCGUGACGAGUUUAGCGAAGGCACGACUCUUUUUCGUAAUUUAAUGUACAAAACAGCUAUUUGCACGGUUUUCCUCAUCUUUCUUUGUUUAAUAUUUUUUCUCUCGAAAAUGCGCACUCGAUAUAACCUCACAAGAAUGGGAGAAAGAAAGAGUGAGAGAGAAAAAGAUAGAAAAAGUAAAAUAGGAUGAUUUUGUCUGUUGAUGUUACGUUUUUGUUAUUUUUUUUAUUAUCUGCAAAGCAAUAAGAGAGUGCGUUUAUAUUGUUACCACUUUCGUUUUGCUAAUGGUAAUUUUUGCUCAUCUGUUAUAAAAAGACUAUUUUAUUUCAUUUCGUUAUUGAUUAGAAUUAUUAUUUGAAAUCUUAUACCAGUUGCAAGUGAGAUUAAUGACGGAAACGUACUUCUUUUGAUUGGUACAAAAAAAAAUAUAUAUAUCGAUAUUCGAUAAUUUUGUUAAUAUUGUAUAGAAACGUUUAUGAUGUGCGUCUGCUUAAGUACCUGCUAAAGCGGUCAAGAGUGCGCGGUCUCGAGAUAGAAUCUUUUUCAAAUUAAAUUUGGAAAGGAUAUUCUAUGGAGAGAGAAAGAGAGAGCGAGAGAGAGAGAGAGAGAGAGAGAGAGAGAAAGAGAAAACGUUUUUUUUUUAUCAACAUCGACCUGAGAGAAGCAAGACAAAAAGAUAGAUUACAAAUGCGAAUAUUGUAAUGUAUGUAUUCUAUCUAGUACCUAGACGCCUGCUCUAAAGAGAUCUGUGGCGCUAUACAGUUACUCUAUUCUAGUUAAUGAAUGUAUACGAAUAGUUGCUAAGAAGAUGCGCGAGUAAUACGUAAACGCAGUAUUUCUAAGAGGUAUGUAAUGUUGAUAGUUUAUUUAUUUUGUGGAUCUCUCGGAACAAAUACUUCACUGCUCUGCUGUGCUAUACAUUAUCAAUUAGGUACAUAGUCCUGUUAGGGGUAGGCGUUACCUAUGUAUAGUGGUAGUUAUUUGUGUAAAUGUUCCGCGUGGGAAAUUCUUCUUUUUUUGUAAUAUAUUAGUUUACUAAUUGUCUACAAAUCUGAAUCCUGAUUAUAUGUAAUCCGACAGCGACCAGGGCCGCACUAGCCGCCUGUGAGCACUAAGAUUAUACUUCGGCGUUUUUCGGGACGGUUGCCGUUUUUAACGCUAUUGUAAUAUUACAUUGAUUAUACGAUUGCUAAAAAAAAAUAAAUGCGAUGUAAACUUAA